AUGUUAUACUGAUUUAUUACAUAAUGUACUACAUCAUAUUUCUAUAUUAUUACAGACAAACACUGAGUACAAUUACUUAAUCAAAUUAUAUACCAUUCUGGUGUACACUGUUAAAGUAGAUGGUAUCAUAUUACUCUUACAUGUACUAUACUUUGCUGCUACUAACAACACCACUAUGUCACUAUUUUUUAUUUCUAUUCCUAUUUGUAUUAUACAUACUAUUCUCUAUUUAUCUGUACUUGUGCUGCAGCAACACCUGAAUUUCUCCUCCGGGGAUCAAUAAAGGCUUAUCUUAUCUUAUCUUACAUCCCACCUCAGCCUCAGUGACCCAUGGAGGCUGCCCGCACUUCAUUUUGGGGUACCCACACUAACUUGUCUGAUCCUCGGAUAACUACAAUACCCAGAGUUCCCUGCGGUCAAUCCACUCCCAGUUGUAGAAUGGCAGCGGUGAACUUUAACCAGUGUUCAUGUGUGUUUGGUUGUCGGAGGAGUGGCUAUAUGACAGACUUAUCAAAUUCCCGUGCAGCUCGCCGACCUGCAGGACAUGAUCAUGGGGAGCACUCUGGUCAAAUGUGCCGCCACCGACCUGAGCAUCCAGUGGGCCGGCUGGGCUCUGGCUGCAGCUUUCAAAACCGAGAAGUUUUAUGAUUUGGCAGGAUCUGGCACAUUUAUACUACUUGCCCACCUGAGUCAUAUUUGGGGAGGAGCCAGCCACGUCCGUCAGAAGGUGCAAACUGGGUUGGUGACAGCAUGGGGACUCAGGCUGGGGACAUUCCUCUUCAUGCGGAUCUUGAAGGACGGUCAUGAUCGCAGGUUCAACAAUGUCAGAGACAGCCCAGGGACUUUCUUUGUAUAUUGGACUAUUCAAGCCAUGUGGGUAUUUAUGACUCUCCUGCCCACCCUCAUGCUGAACAGUGAGAAGCGAGAUGUGCCUCUGGGAACGAGGGACUAUAUUGGCUGGACUGUAUGGGGCCUUGGCUUCGCUACUGAGGCUAUUGCUGACCAGCAGAAAUGGCUUUUCAAGCGUGACCCAGAUAAUGCUGGGAAGUUCAUCCAGAGUGGACUAUGGGCCUACAGCAGACAUCCAAACUAUUUUGGAGAGAUCCUGCAGUGGUCGGGUCUCUGGCUCUCAGCCUCAUCAGUGAUGCAGGGUCCCCAGUACCUGAGUGUGGCAUCACCUCUCUUUGUCUGGUUCCUGCUUCGUUACGUCAGUGGCAUCCCCAUCCUGGAGAAGCAGGCCAUGAAGAAGUGGGGAUCUGACGCUGCCUUCCAGGACUACAUCAAGAACACUCCUCUUCUCUGGCCAUGGCCUAAAUUUUGAUGUUACAUAUGUGUUAUGUUUGAACAUUUUCUCAACCGUUGUACCAAUAAUUGCCUCACACAAAGAAGGCAUACACAUUCAAGUCAUUAAGUGUUCUGAGUAGAAUACAUUGAAAUGAGUGUGCAGUUGUAA